GUCAUUUACUUUGCCUCCUUCUCUGCUCAUCCUCAGCAUCACUUUUGUAACAGGACCAUGUCUUUGACUCGCCAAACAACAAUGAAAAAAACCUACAGUGCUGCUUCUGCUGUGCCAGCCGGGGCAAACCGAAACAACUUCAGCUCCUACUCAACUGUUCGCUCCAGCAGUGGAGGUUUGGGUUCUGGCCGGGUCAGCACUGGUAACUUUGGCAGCAGAAGUCUCCAAAACCUUGGAUAUGGCAAAAGAAUGUCACAGAGCUCCCAGUCCCGUUAUGGAUAUGGCUCUGGGUUUGGAGCUGGUAGUGGAGCAGGCUAUGGAAUUGGUGGAGGAGCAGGCUUUGGUGUGGGCUCUGGAUUUGGUGCUGGUCAAGGAUUUGGUGCUGGUCAAGGGUAUGGUGCUGGUCAAGGGUAUGGUGCUGGUCAAGGGUUUGGUCUUGGUCAAGGGUAUGGUGGUGGAGCUGGAUUUCCAGUGUGCCCACCUGGGGGAAUCCAAGAAGUAACAAUUAAUCAGAGCCUCUUAGCUCCCCUGAAUCUGGCAAUUGACCCAACUAUUCAGAAAGUCCGCACAGAAGAGAGAGAGCAAAUUAAGACCCUCAACAAUAAGUUUGCAACUUUUAUUGACAAGGUCCGCUUCUUAGAGCAACAGAAUAAAGUACUGGAGACCAAAUGGAAUCUCUUACAAGAACAAGGUGUUAAAACAGUUAAAAGCAGAAUUGAGCCUCUCUUUGAAUCCUACAUUAAUGCACUUCGCAGACAGCUAGAAUCCCUCAUCAAUGACAAAUCUCGUUUGGAUUCAGAACUUAGACAAGUGCAGGAUUUCGUUGAGGAUUUCAAGAACAAGUAUGAAGAUGAAAUUAACAAGAGAACAGCAGCAGAGAAUGAUUUUGUGGUGCUUAAAAAGGAUGUGGAUGCUGCUUAUAUGAACAAAGUUGAGCUGGAAACUAAGGUGGAUUCCCUGACUGAUGAGAUCAACUUCCUGAGGGCCCUGUACGAAGCGGAACUCCUCCAAAUGCAAGGACAGAUCUCAGAUACCCAGGUUGUUUUGACCAUGGACAACAACAGAGCUUUGAAUCUGGACAGCAUCAUUGCAGAAGUCAAAGCUCAGUAUGAAGACAUUGCCAACAGAAGCCGCCAAGAAGCUGAAUCCUGGUAUCAAACUAAAUAUGAAGAGCUCCAGGUCUCAGCUGGUAGACAUGGUGAUGAUCUGAAGAACACAAAAACUGAAAUAUCCGAACUAAACCGUUUCAUUACCAGACUGCGCUCUGAAAUUGACAACGUGAAGAAACAGUGUGCCAAGAUACAGGCUUCAAUUGCCGAGGCAGAGGAACGUGGAGAGCUUGCAAUAAAGGAUGCCAAGAACAAGCUUACAGAGCUAGAGGAAGCUCUGCAGAAGGCCAAGCAGGACAUGGCUCGCCAAUUGAGAGAUUACCAGGAACUGAUGAAUGUAAAACUUGCCCUUGAUAUUGAAAUUGCCACCUAUAGAAAACUUCUGGAAGGAGAGGAGAGCAGGCUGUCAGGAGACGGUGUUGGACCUGUGAACAUCUCUGUUGUAAGCUCAUCCUAUGGCAGCGGUGGCGGAUACGCUAUGGGCGGUGGAAGUGGAAGCGGUUUCGGAGGUGGAAGUGGAAGCGGUUUCGGAGGUGGAAGUGGAGGAGGAAGUGGAUUUGGAAGUGGAGGUGGAAGCGGCUAUGGAUUCGGAGGUGGAAGUGGAAGUGGAUAUGCAACUGGAGGAGGAAGUGGUAGCCAUGGCUAUGGCGGCGGUGUAGGAGGAAACUAUGGCGGAGGAAACUUCAGUUCUGGCAGUUCAAACCUGGCUAAUUUUGGCUCUGGAAGUGGCGGCAGCUCAAGUGUAAAAAUUGUCUCAAAGACCUCCACAAGUUCCCGGAGGCAUUUAGAUGUAGCAGUGGCAGACCCUGAAGGGAUAAGUGUAAUAAUGAGACAGAAAUGUACCAUCAGAAUUAAGGAUGAGCUGACACACAGCAUCAGGAUUCAGUUCAUGGGACGUUCACCGAACAGCUCAUUAGUUCUGAAUGUUAACCUGAACCCCACUGAGGCCAUCUACUAUUGCUUUGAGCUCAUCUUCCAAAACACAGAUUUACCAAGAAUCAUGUCUGUAUCUCGCCAAGCUACAUACUCUCUUGGAGGAACAAGGAAAAGUACAAGCAGUGCUUCUGUAGUUCCAUCUGUGGCAAACCGAAAUACCUUCAGCUCAGUCUCUGUCUCUCGCUCCAGCGGUGGAGGUGUUGGUGCUGGCCAAGCUGGCUCUGGUGGCUUUGGUAGCAGAAGUCUUUAUUGUUUGGGAGGAAGUCGAAAAAUUUCCAUUCCUACAGGUUUACAGUCCCAGUUUGGAAGUGGUUCUGGGUAUGGAGCUAGUGCCGGAGCAGGGUUUGGACAAGGUUCUGGAUUUGGAGCUGGCCAAGGAUUCGGUGGUAGUUCUGGAUUUCCUGUAUGCCCACCAGGGGGGAUCCAACAAGUUACCAUUAAUCAGAGCCUCUUAGCUCCUCUCAAUUUGGAAAUUGACCCACAAAUUCAAAAAGUGCGUAUAGAAGAAAGAGAACAAAUCAAGACUCUGAACAACAAGUUUGCAUCCUUCAUCGAUAAGGUACGAUUCCUAGAACAGCAGAACAAGGUUCUUGAAACAAAAUGGAAGCUUUUACAAGAGCAAGGAGUAAAGACUGUGAAGAAUACCAUCGAGCCCCUCUUUGAAGCCUAUAUUAAUGCAUUGCGGAGACAGCUGGACAGUCUAGUAAAUGAUAAGUCACGUCUGGAUGGAGAGUUGAAACAAAUGCAAGAUGUUGUAGAAGAAUUCAAAGCCAAGUAUGAAGAUGAAAUUCACAAGCGCACAGCUGCAGAGAAUGAGUUUGUGUUACUCAAAAAGGAUGUGGAUGUUGCCUACACGAACAAAGUGGAAUUAGAAUCCAAGGAGGCUGCUUUGACAGAUGAGAUCAACUUCCUGAGGGCCCUAUAUGAAGCGGAAAUUGCCCAGAUGCAGGGUCAGACCUCCGAUACCUCAGUCAUCCUGUCCAUGGACAAUAACAGAGCUCUAGACCUACAAAGCAUCAUUGCAGAAGUCAAGGCUCAGUAUGAGGAGAUCGCCAACAGAAGCCGGCAAGAAGCCGAGGCCCUGUAUCAAAACAAAUAUGAAGAGCUUCAAGUCUCUGCUGGAAAACACGGAGAUGAUCUGAAAAGCACAAAAACUGAAAUUGCUGAGCUGAAUCGUUUGAUAAAUAGACUUCGCUCUGAAAUUGACAGCGUGAAGAAACAGUGUGCCAAACUACAGACUUCAAUUGCUGAUGCUGAACAGCGUGGUGAGCUUGCACUAAAAGAUGCCAAACAAAAGCUUGCAGGACUAGAAGAUGCUCUGCAGAAGGCCAAACAGGACAUAGCUCGCCAACUGAAAGACUACCAGGAGCUGAUGAAUGUCAAACUGGCUUUGGAUAUUGAGAUUGCUACCUACAGGAAACUUCUAGAAGGAGAGGAGAGCAGAUUGGCUGGAGAAGGUGUUGGCCCAGUAAGCAUAUCUGUAGUGAGCUCAACCUAUGGUACCAACAGUGGAGCAGGCCAUGGCUAUGGAUUUGGAGGUGGAUUCGGUGUCGGCAGUGGAAGCGGAGUUGGCACCGGAGGUAGUUUCGGUGUUGGCAGUGGAAGUGGAGUCAGUUUUAGUGGUGGACAAGCCACUGGUGGUGGAAGCUACACUGUAAACAACCAGAAACCAACUGGCUUUAUGUCUGGUGGUGGCCGUAACUCAGGUGCGCAAAUAAUAUCAACAACCACCACAGCCUCCCGAAAACACUGAGAGCCACCAAAACGGAUCUUAGAGGACAGCAGCCUCAUAUUGUGCCAUGUAAUUUAAAUAAGUGUUAGAACAAUAAAAUGCUGAGGUAUACUAUUUUGAUAUGCAAUUACAUUAUUGAGAUUAUUCAGUAACAGAGAAAAAGACAAUUCUGUUUAGUAACCCAUCAUUGCCAUCAAAAACAUCAUCUUAGUCUAUAAGCAAUAAAGGAAUGCAAUUAUAACCAUAGAAAACCUUACAACUUAUAUGGGGCUUAGCAGCAUUGCGGUCCCAACAUUGCAUAUUAAUUUAUUAAUUUAAGUACCAAUAGCAUUUGACAAAUAAUUUUGGAUAAAUUUAAUCUACAUAAAGUUUGGUAACCCAGGCUAUAUAUUAAUGCAUGCAGAUAGCAAUAGAAUUUGGCAAAUACAUUUGGAUAAAUUAAAUACAAAUGCAAUUUUGUAACCACUAUACAUUUGGUAAUAAGCAAUACAUAUCACUAGCUGGAUUUCCGGU